AGGAAAGGGGAUGCUGGAAAUCAUUCAGUGGUAACUCUCUUCAUCCUGGCUGGGCUCUCCAAGCAGCCAGCUCUGCAGCUUCCCCUCUUCCUCCUCUUCUUAGGAAUCUACAUCAUCACAGUGGUGGGCAAUGUGGGCAUGAUCACACUGAUUUGGCUCACUACUCAUCUGCACACUCCUAUGUACUAUUUCCUCAGCAAUCUGUCCUUCAUUGACCUCUGUCAUUCCACUGUCAUAACCCCCAAAAUGCUGGAAAAUUUUGUGAAAGAGAAGAACAUCAUCUCCUACCCUAAAUGCAUGACUCAGCUCUACUUUUUCUCUUUUUUUGCCAUUUCGGAGUGUCACAUGUUGGCUGCAAUGGCAUAUGACCGCUAUGUCGCCAUCUGUAAUCCUUUACUUUACAAUGCCGUCAUGUCUCAUCAUCUCUGCUUCUGGCUCACAGUGGGAGUUUAUACUUUGGGUUUUAUUGGGUCAUCAGUUCACACAGGUUUCAUGUUGAGACUCAUUUUGUGCAAGACUAAUAUGAUUAACCACUACUUUUGUGAUCUCUUUCCACUCUUGGAACUGUCUUGCUCCAGUACAUACAUCAAUGAAUUAUUGGUCCUUUUCCUAAGUGCAAUAAAUAUUCUCACUCCUACCUUGACCAUCUUUACUUCAUAUAUAUUUAUCAUUGUCAGCAUCCUACGCAUUCGUUCAACAGAAGGCAGGACCAAAGCCUUCAGCACCUGCAGCUCCCACAUCUCUGCUGUGGCUGUCUUCUUUGGUUCUGCUGCAUUCAUGUACUUACAGCCAUCUUCAGUCAGCUCCAUGAACCAAGGGAAAGUGUCAUCUGUGUUUUAUACUACUGUUGUUCCCAUGCUGAACCCCUUGAUCUACAGCCUGAGAAAUAAGGAUGUCAAGUCAGCUCUUAAGAAAAUUUUUGAUAGGAGUGUACAUUCGUGA